GAUUGUUUUCGACACUUGGAUUGUGUUUUCUCUUGGUCUCUAUUUCAGCAUCAUAAAAAAGAUACCCACUCAUCUCACGGACGACUCAGCCACGGCCACCUCCGCCGCUCUCCCCAUUGGGGACGCUGAUGCUGAGGCCGACGCCGCCCCACUUCAGCCGGAUACUAUGAUCUCUUCUAGUGAUCCUGACCCCGUCUUCAGCGGUGGUGGCAUCAGCUUUAUCACUGGAAGUCGAACUGUUAAUUUCAGCUAUGGAUAUUCCAGUUCCAAGGGUAAAAGGGCUUCAAUGGAAGAUUUCUAUGAGACAAGGAUAUCUGAAGUUGAUGGUCAGAUGGUUGCCUUUUUUGGUGUUUUUGAUGGUCAUGGAGGUUCAAGAACUGCAGAAUAUCUUAAAAGCAACCUUUUCAAGAAUUUAAGUUGCCACCCAGGUCUUAUCAAGGACACAAAAACAGCCAUUGUUGAAGCAUUUAGACAAACUGAUGCGGAUUACCUUGAGGAAGAGAAAGGCCAAGAGAAAGAUGCUGGCUCAACUGCCUCAACUGCUUUACUGUUAGGAAACAGGCUCCUAGUUGCAAAUGUUGGUGAUUCGAGAGUCGUUGCAUGCAGAGCAGGAUCAGCUAUCCCACUAUCUGUUGAUCACAAACCUGAUAGAUCUGAUGAACACCAAAGGAUUGAAGACGCUGGAGGUUUCAUCAUUUGGGCAGGGACAUGGCGUGUUGGUGGUGUUCUUGCUGUUUCUCGUGCCUUUGGUGAUAAACUACUUAAACCAUAUGUUGUUGCAGAGCCUGAAAUUCAGGAAGAAGAGAUUGAUGGUGUUGAUUUUAUAAUCAUUGCAAGUGAUGGGCUCUGGAAUGUCAUAUCAAAUAAUGAUGCCGUGGCCAUAAUUCAGGACAUAACAAAUGCAGAAGAUGCAUCAAGGAAACUUGUAUAUGAAGCUUAUGCACGAGGGAGCGCUGAUAACAUUACUUGUGUUGUUGUUCGGUUUGACGUAUCGUUACCAGGUUGAUAUACUUGCUUUAGAAGACAGUUGAAUGGAACAAAAGCUGGGAUAGAAAAUUCAAGUUUCUGUUGAUGUAGCUCUUUUAGCAUCCUCGGGACAUGUUUUCAUUCGAUCAAUCAGGUGCUGUGGGAGGCUGGCAGCCCGUUUUUUGAGCUUGUUCGUCCUCUUAAUUGAUGUGUCCAUGACUCUUAUGUGUGUUUGAAUAUGGAUUAUAUAGCAUUUAACUUAGGUUAGCAUUGGUCUUGCUUUAGGGAUAUGGAUGUUUCCAUUGAAGUCAUUGACUAUUGAACUGUUUGAUAGAUUUUGCGCACAUAAACGAGUGCCUCUGUUUCUCAGUUCUUUUGUUUUGCAUGUUACCUAAACAAUGUAUUACAUGGACAAUGAUU